GAGUGUUUACACCGGCGGCUCUGCAGCCGGGUUCCUUCCGCGGGACGGGUGAGGGCGCCGGGUCCCGCGGGCCCAACGGGGAGAAAGAGAGAGCGAGAAAGAGAGAGGAUGUCUCUCUCAGAUUGGCACUUGGCAGUGAAGCUGGCUGAUCAGCCACUUGCUCCCAAGUCCAUUCUUCGGUUGCCAGAAACAGACCUGGGAGAAGACUCCCUUGGGGGAUACAGUAUUUCAUUCCUGAAGCAGCUGAUCGCUGGCAAACUCCAGGAAUCUGUUCCAGACCCUGAGCUGAUUGAUCUGAUUUAUUGUGGCCGAAAGCUCAAAGAUGAUCAGACGCUUGACUUCUACGGCAUUCAACCUGGGUCCACAGUUCAUGUUCUGCGCAAGUCCUGGCCUGAGCCUGAUCAGAAACCAGAGCCUGUGGACAAAGUGGCAGCCCUGAGGGAGUUCCGGGUGCUGCACACUGCCCUGCAUAGCAGCUCUUCCUACCGGGAGGCGGUCUUUAAGAUGCUCAGUAAUAAGGAAUCUCUGGAUCAGAUCAUUGUGGCCACCCCUGGCCUCAGCAGUGAUCCCAUUGCUCUGGGGGUCCUCCAGGACAAGGAUCUCUUCUCUGUUUUUGCUGACCCUAACAUGCUGGAUACGUUAGUGCCUGCCCACCCGGCCCUGGUCAACGCCAUUAUCUUGGUUCUACACUCAGUGGCUGGCAGCACGCCGCUGCCUGGGGCUGACUCCUCUGCCCGGAGCAUGCCCUCGAGCUCAUACCGGGACAUGCCAGGUGGCUUCCUGUUUGACGGGCUCUCUGAUGAUGAGGACGACUUCCACCCUGUAAGUGGCCUGGCUGCUGGCCAUGUGAGGGCACAUGGCCUACCUGAGCUGGGAGCUGCUCAUUGGCUUCUGGGUGGCCAAGUGAGCGCCAGGUCCACACCUUCUAGCAGUGCACACAGCUCUCGCCCAGCCUCUCUCGGAUACAGCGGAGCUGCAGGACCCCGGCCCAUCACCCAGAGCGAGCUGGCCACAGCUCUGGCCCUGGCUAGUACCCCAGAAAGCAGCUCUCACACACCAACUCCUGGCACCCAGGGUCAUUCCUCAGGAACCUCACCGAUGUCAUCUAGUGUCCAGUCAGGGACACCUAUUACCAAUGAUCUCUUCAGCCAAGCUCUUCAGCAUGCCCUGCAAGCCUCUGGGCAGCCCAGUCUUCAGAGCCAGUGGCAGCCCCAGCUACAGCAGCUGCGUGACAUGGGUAUCCAUGAUGACGAGCUGAGCUUGCGGGCCCUGCAGGCCACUGGGGGGGACAUCCAGGCGGCACUGGAGCUCAUCUUUGCUGGAGGUGCCCCAUGAACCCUCUGUGCCUCCUGAGUCUCCUGCAAACUGCCAAGUGAUUACUUCCUUGGAAUCUGGGGUCCCUUCCUGCUCCCAUCUCUCUUCUCCCCAAUACACCUAUGGUCCACCC